UCUUACUGUGCGCUGAGUGAAACCAUUACAGGGGUCUGUUGACUUUCUGCUAGCUCAGAUUCAGAAGGAAUUUAUCCGGUGAAGUAAACACAGUGUUUAUUUAAUUAGUCGGCAAUUUGCAUGAGGUGCACACAACUCUUUGCACCUUUUAACACUGAGACUUUAGCGCACAUAAAGCCUGAUGUUUGUUGCCAGGUUCGGUUGUACCAGUCAAAGCUAACGUGACUUUUCAAGGAUGCAGGUGCAGAGAAUCGUCCUCAACUCACGACCAGGUAACAACGGGGCGCCAGUUCCUGAAAACUUCCGUCUUGAGGAGACGACUUUGGCACGUGACCUGAAAGAUGGGGAGGUCCUUGUUCGGACGCUUUGCCUGUCAGUCGACCCUUACAUGCGGUGCAGAAUGAACGAAGACACCGGUGUUGAUUAUGUGACUCCGUGGCAACUGUCUGAGUGUGUGGACGGCGGAGGUGUCGGCGUGGUCGAGUCCAGCCGCUGCAGCGCUUGCAGUGAGGGAGAUGUGGUCACUUCCUUCAACUGGCCUUGGCAGACCAACGCUGUUAUGACAGGAAGUGUCUUACAGAAGGUUGAUCCACAGUUGGUUGAUGGGCGCUUGUCCUACUUUUUGGGUGCAGUUGGCAUAACAGGCCUCACUGCUCUGUUGGGCAUAAGGGAGAAGGGUAAUGUGACCAAAGGGGCCAAUCAGACGAUGGUGGUGAGUGGCGCAGCUGGGGCCUGUGGCUCCAUAGCUGGACAGAUUGGCAGGCUGGAUGGCUGUGUGAGAAUGGUUGGGAUUUGCGGCUCUGAUGAGAAGUGCAGAGCUUUAGUGGAUGACCUGGGCUUCUCUGCAGCCAUCAACUACCGCCAAGAGGACGUCCCUUCAAGGCUCAAGGAGUGCUGCCCUGAUGGGAUAGAUGUUUACUUUGACAACGUGGGAGGUGCCAUCAGUGAUAUUGUAAUCACACAGAUGAACAACGACAGCCAUGUGAUCCUGUGUGGGCAGAUCUCGCAGUACAACAAGGAUGUGCCGUAUCCUCCGCCGCUGAGCGAUGAGAUAAAUGAAACACUGCGAAGGAAGAAUAUCACACGGGAGCGGUUUACCGUGCUUAACUACAUGAACAAAGCUGAAGCUGCCCUCUGUGAACUCAGCCAGCGAGUUCAAUCAGGCCAAAUCAAUGUGCUGGAAACUGUGGUGAAUGGUAUCGAAAAUAUGGGAGAUGCAUUUUGCUCUAUGAUGACAGGGGGAAACAUUGGCAAGCAAAUUAUAAAGAUAUCAGAGUGAAGAAAAUCAGUUGCUCUCAGCUGGCAGACGCCUGGGGAAAUUAAACUACAGUUUCUAUCACUGCCAUUAACACUAACUUAAUAAACUCAAAUGAGAGAUUGCAUUAAUUAGCUGAUACCAGUUGAUUACAAUUAUGAACCAUGAAUUUAAAAAAACACACGGUGUUAUCUGAAAUUGUGUGCUUGUGAAAAAUAAAUGUAAAGAGUGCUUGGAGGUUAGAUACGUCUUGAAUUUUAAUACUAAAUAAUGAUUUAGACUUUUGGAUAUUGGUGCAGCAGUUUAAUAAUAGAGUACAACAUUGUAAUACUACCUCAUUAUGUUAACUUCCUUCUAAAUUGCAACAGUUUGUCAUGGUUUUAAAAUCUUCCAGUGAAGAAAAUAAUAAUAAUGCGAUAAUAAGACUUCAGCUUGUUUUAUUGUAUGGAGCCCCAAAACUGGCAAAAAAGGCUGUCAAAACAUGUCAAAGACAAAAUACCGUUAGUGUAAUAAUUAAAAUUGAGUGUAAAAGAAAUACCUCCAAUCAGUUGAAAAAAAAGAAUCUUGGUAAAACAAACAAACAGUGGAAUAAGUAAGACAACUGUGGCUAGUUAGCUUUAACUGAAAACACUGCUAGCUUAACCCACAUUACCAGCUACCUCAGCUAGCUACCUAGCCUAAGCUAACUGUCUUCAUAAAACCACAGCUAGUGCACAUGUUGUGUUAAUGCAUAUUACUUAAGCAUCACAUAACACGUAGCAAAGGGCUGGCAAGCUGAUAAUAAUAACAAAAGUUAGCUAGCUAACACUACUUUGAAAUAGCUUCUAUCUUUAAAACCUCAUUGUCAUCUUAAAGUAACGUCAUAUUUCUAUUAUCUUCACAAUGGAAAUAAGGCUUUAGACUUUGUAGAUGUGAUUUAUUUUCUAAACUAAAUAAAAUAUCUUUAAGUAGCUUAGCAAGCUAACUAGCUUGCUGGCUAAAUUGCUUUAAGCAUUUAUACAGUGACACCAGCAGAAUGCACACAAUUAUUACGGGUGGCUUAGUUUUAAGAAGAAAACUAGACUUUAUUGUGUAGAUGUGACUUGAUGUCUCCUGUCUCAUACUAUUAAACUAAAGAUCUUAAAGUAGCAUUAACUAAAUUUGUUUGCUUGAGCUUUCCAGCAAAAGCUACAAAGAUGACAAGCGCAAAGCUUCAGCAGUACAGAUGAUAAACAUGCACUGUUUAGAGCUGCGAAGAGCUUUAGAAAAGGCUACUUGGUGUGUUUAUUUUCUACCAAUGUUUUCAGUUAAGCUACAUACCAAUAGCAAACUCAUUAAAUGUGUACUAAGAUUAAACAAAAACAAAAAAGAUAAAGAAUCGUGCAGCUGAAAUACAAAGCUUUUCUUUUCACUCUCCGUUUUAAUUAUUUAACUUCUAGUUUUAUUUAUUGACAUAAUCAGUUUUUGUCAGUGUUGGGCUACAUAUUCUCGUUCACUCCCUUUUGUAACAUCAUGUGACAAUGAAGUGAAGACAAAUGCAAAGUAUAUGAUUUAAUGUAAUGAACAUUUUAUUCCACAGCACUAUAAACCAUUAAUAAAAUAAAAAAAUGUGAUUGGCUCUAAUUUUAGUUGUCACCAGAAAAAACAUGUGGCAGGUGUCAAAUCGUCAACUUUUCAUUCAUAUACUUCAGUGUUUGAACAUAGGAGGGAUGCAGAAUAAGUCAAUCAGUGAACACUUAGUACAUCACUUCUCUCAGACACAUAGUGGUUGAUGUCUGUUGUUCUCGUCAACAGUCAAAUCAGUGUUUGAUACAGAACAAUCAACCAGAUAAACAUAAUGAGCGAGAAUUUAUCAACUAUCAAAAUUGUCUCAUCCAGAUAUGGUUUUGCUGCUUUUCUGCAAAGAAAAAAAAAAAAAAAACGGUUCCAUGCAUGAUUUGGAGGGUGGAAGUGAAAUGCAACACAAUACCGCCUCCUUGUGGACAGAUUACACAACUUGUACUGAGAAUCCUGAGAGAAUAACUGCAGUAACAGAAGUCCAUACAUUUAUAUUAUCUGUCUUUAUGGUGGAAUUAUACUUUGGUAGUAUGAAAGACUCGUCUAUGCAUAGGGGGGGAGUUAUUAAACCAUCGCCAGCAAGAGUGCACAUAAUUUAAUUGUCUCAUUGUUUAGCAGCUGUUCUAAUAUUAAACUGCAUGUCUUAUCACAGCACUGAGCAAUUAUUCUGCACUCAUGCUGGGUAUGGUUCUGAAAACAACAACCCGGAUCUAACUUUGUUGGAACAUUGCUUCUAUUAAAAGACUUGAUAAAUGUGGUCUUUAAAUCAGUUUGCUCUGGUGGAAUCCAGGCACCUGCUACCUCCGAGGAGAAAGGAUUGGAUUAAGAGUGCAACAGACACGGUUUACUUCACUCACACCUUCACAAAAAAAAAAAAGGAAUUAGGGAAAAAUACAAACAUUGUUUUCACACACAAAGCUGUCAAAUUAACUUCCAACGCAAGGGAUGCCCUUUACUAGUGCAGAUAUAUAACAUGAAGGGGAAAAAAAAAAUAAACCACUCGAUACAAUCAGGAAGAGUAAAUAAAAACAGCAUAGUACUGGUUCAUCUCAUUUCACCAUGUAACACAUUCAUUUUGUUUCUUUUAGCCACCACACAUCUGGAUUGUUUAACAUGAUUUUUUUUAGUUCACUGAGCUACUAUGGAGUAUAAAAACAUUGUCCUGAAAUACAUCUGGGACCAGCCUAUUGUUCAAGUGCUCACAUUCCUGAGAAACAAACAGCUGCUUUCUGUAGUCACGUUUGAAGGAGCACGGAGUCAGACCAGCUCGUUGUGUUUUGGUGAAAACCGGCAUUAAAGUUUUUCGUAUGACUAUUAAAUGCAAAUAUAAUUUUUUUAUGUGGCAGUUGUGUGCAGUGCAAUUCUUUUCUCAUCAACUACUUGUACACAAAGAUCGACGACAGUAUUUGAUUGAUUUGUAUUUUCAUUCAUUUGAUUUCCUUUAAUCAUGUGUAGAAUAAACUUAUAACAUAAUCGUCUAGGUUGCAUUACCUGUGUCAUCUUCACCAAAGUUACUGUAACUACCGCGCUCUGUCAGCCGCGGGGUGUUAGGAAAUCUUAGUGUACAAAAUGACGCUUUCUCAUCCACACAGUUUGUGUGACGGACGUUUAAACACGAGGUUUGAUUUGGCACGUCCAGCCUUCAUUAGUGAAUGAAAAUGAUCUUCAGAGGGAAGAAUAAAAGCUGGUAUCUUUCUUAUUCAUCCUUUGGCAGUGGUGAAGUGGCAUUCGGCCAAGGCAACACUUCCAAAAAGUGCUAAAGCUCAAGUACAUGAGUCAGCUUAAACCACAGCAGGAUAGACCAUUAACUGUGGCAUACAUUGGACUAGUUCACAUAGCUCAAACAGGCUAUUUUACCCCCAAUGUAUCCAAGGUGUUGUUUCUAUUUACACUGUACACAUUGCUAUGAAUAUGGCCCGAAAUAUGCUCACCGGUGUUUUACAAUAACAUGCAUAUUAAGCAAACAAUACUAUCUAUAAACAGGAUAGUGAGUGAUGUACUGUGAAGUGGCUAUUUGAAGGAGGAGAGAAAGA